CCCCAGUCCCAGCCCCGCCGAGGCAGCCCGCCAGCCUCCUUAGCAUGCGGUGCUCAUUGCCGGGGAGUGCCGAGGAGCCAAGGUCAGAGGCUGUGAGCACGCUGGUCCAGCAUCCCCGCCAGCCCAGCUCACCACCGGACAACUCCUAAGGGAUAACCUCCAAGGGGGCUGUGUCAGCACACCGAUCCUUGGCUGAUAAGCCCACUGCCAAGUCUCCAGCGCUAGGACAAAAGAGGAGUUUUUGCUUCCCAGCAGGUUUUUCUGCUUUGAAUGACAGAGAAGGCUCUGGAGGCUCCUUUCCUCCCUGAGCUGGGACACAAUGGAGCUUUUCAGGCUGAGUCUGAGUUGCAUUUGCCUCCUGCCUUGGCUUGAGGCAGAGGGACAAGGCUUCCUCAUAAGGAACACCCGGCUGGAGAAGUGCAUCCACGUCUCCCACCACGAGACCAGUGUCAUCGGCCUGACCGACUGCAAGCCGCGCUCCCUGCAGCAGCAGUGGAGCUGGGACCCCGCCACCAGGACCAUCACCAGCCUUCAAACGAAGCAGUGCUUGUCGGCCCACAGGGCACAGGAGCACUCCCUGGCCACGCUGGAGCCCUGCGGGGACUGGGAACACCAGGCCUGGGCCUGCAGCAAGAAGGGGCACUUGACUCUGCAACGCUUGGGCUUCCACCUCAGCACCAAGGAAGGAGGCCACAAGGUCUUUGUCUCGAGGGAGAAGGACAAAUUCAGCAGGUGGAAGACGUUAGCGGAUGAAACCAUCUGUGCUGCUGCCCAGACAGCAGCUCUGAGGCCUGGCGAAGUGAUACGAGAAGCUGUAGACACCCGGGUGUGGAUCUAUGAAACUAAAACCAUUGAUUCAUCAAAGACUGAUGCAGUGGACAAGGGAUCUUCCGUGGACUUGGCUGACCCACUUCUGGUUAACAAUUUUAACAGCACAGUGUCUCCAGUGAAGACCAAACAGGCAUACCUCCCAGCAAAUGAGGAUUUGUCCCACAAUCAUUCCAAAAAGCACCAUGGAAAUCGAGGGAAAACUGCUGGGGCCAGGCUUGCAGGCACCAACUGGAAGACAGCCAUGCUCGUCCUCAGCCCCUUGGCAUUCAUACUGGGAUUAAUAAUAUUGACACUCAAUGUCCAUUACAACAAGAAGAAGAAAAUCCUCUCUGCUCUGAAGAACCCUGCAGCCAGCAGCAGCAGAGCUGACUUACGGGAGCCAUGUCCCUCACAAAGAGGCCUUCCACCAUCUCGCUCCCCUUCCUUGCGGCACGGAGAGAUCCUCAUUGAGUGGAAAGACGGGACGGUCACUCCGCUUUUUGACAAUGCCAAUUACCAAGUGGACUAGCUCUGAAAAUGAUGAAGCUGUUGUUUGACCCCUUGUCACCUGCCACCCUUCUCACCUGGAAGAAGGGUGCCUCCGUCGUGAACCUGCUCCCAGGCCUUACUGUUUUGGUAGGGAGUUGUAAGCGCUGUUGUUUUGUGGUGAUUUUUUUUUUUCUACAUUUUUUUUAGACACUCAAGAACAAUCACCUUACACAGCACAGGGUUGAAGCAAGCAGAGCAGAUUGUUUUGUUUGUGUAGGCACUCACUGCUUAGCUUUUCCAGAACGGAUUUAACAGAUAACAAAGCCCAGGUUUAAAAAAGUAAAGCCAAUAUCUUGCCAGCUGCAACUGUCCUUUGCCCUGAAUUUCUAGUUACUGAGAAGAUGAGAAAGUAAAUCCUUGGAGACAAGGUAAAAGGAGAAAACACAAGUCCUGGUGAUCCUUUCACACUGUUUAAGUUAAAACUAGCUGCCAUCAGACACAGAAGGUUGUCAGUUACUUUGUCAAUGUGUGAACAUCACUAAUAAGCACUGCCUUCGGGACUCGAAGAUGAAAGAGACUCCACCAGAUUAUCUGCCAAAAUAUUCCCUCCACUAAAUUACCACUUAAGUAACAGCUAGUCAUUUGUUCUAAAUUAAAAAGUUGCACUCCAUCAUUCCCAUCUGCAUCACUGCAAGAGCCCUGCUGAGAGAGUGUUUCCUAAAAUAUUUCUGUAUUUAAGAUUUAUUAAAUCUUACUGUAACACACCCUUUCUUAAUGUAGAAUGACAAGUUAACAGUCGUGCUCAGCGGGGAUAGUAUCUAGCCAUUUAAAAUCAGUUCCAGCCUGAUUUUCUGUAACCACAGUGAACAGACAUAUUGUCCCCAACUACAGCAGUUAUAUGUAGUGGUGGGUUUUGUUGUUGUUUUCAUAGAAAGAAUGCACUAUUUUCAGUGUCUUAGUACCUUCCUAAUAUUCAUGAAUUUAUGCCUUCCUUCUUGUGGAUCAUGCAAUGUUGUAAGCCAUAAUCACAGAUAUAAAUCAGGAAUUAUCCGGAGAAAGAAAUAUUAACACCAGGAAAUUCCAAGUAUGAGCUGCAUCACUGUAUUUCAGCAGUGUGAGUGAAACUUCUUUCUUACCCAGACAACACUUUUCACUUUACCUAAAUUAAGUUAUGCAAUUCCAGUGGAGCUUUGACUUCACAGACUCAAAGAAUGACUGAGGAGGACAGGACCUUUGGGUCCACCCGGCCUAACCCCCUACCCAAGCAGAGACACCCCAAGCAUGCUGCCCAGGACCAGUCCAGGUGGCUUUUGAAGACCUCCAAGGAGGGAGACCCCACAGCCUCUCUGUGCCACCUGUGUCGGUGCUCUGUCACUCGCACAGCGUAGCAGUGCUUCCUGGUGGUCAGAGGGUCCUGUGCUGCAGUGUGUCUCAUUUCCUGCUGCUGGGCACCAUAAGAGAAGCCUGGUUCCAUCAUCUUUGAACUUCUCUACAGUUCGAUUUUAUUUACUUCUUCUACAGCAGAAUCAAGGUCUCCAGGGAAUUUCACAUCUCCAGUAUUUUUAAUUUUUUUUUUUUUUUUUUUUUUUUUUUUCCAAAAAUCGACCCACAGCUUGGAAAAAAAGUUAACUGCCACAAGAUAUUAUUACAACCAAGAACUUAGCUGGUCUCAAGAAAGAAAAUACAAACCUUAUUAGUUCAGGGCAUAAACUCGCAGAGGUUGGAAAUAAACGUCUUCCCUAAGCACAUCACUCCAUAAUUAUUUACUAGGGGUUUUCCCAGACACUCCUUGGGAAAAUACUUUAGUAAUAGACAUGGCAGAGGAAGAACUAUUUCUUCACCGGUGACCAGCAAACACAAAUGACAUUCAGAAUUACACUCUGACUUUUUAGUGCUUACGCUUUAAAACAAACCCAAAGAAUCUGUGUAUAAUGUUGGGACAAGUUUCCAAAUGCAUAAGCAUCAUUUUACACACAACGAUUUGUGGGAAUAUGCUCUGUACACAAACUGCUCUAAAUGCGUGCGCAGUACCUCACCAGUUUACAUUCCUCUUACCUUUACCUACUUUUUGUAGUUAAGACACCCAUCUUUGAAGUUUUCUCCAGGGAGCGCAUUACCUUACUGUACACAGCAUUGUUAUCCUCCAGAACGUUGAUGCACUUUGGGAACUGCACGCUUAGCAGUGCCAUUAAAAUGCAAAUACUUACUCGGAGUUCAGCAAGUGCUGUGCUUUCCAGAGCAGCAAGUGCUUACAUUCAUUACUGCUGAAUGUGCAGAACAGAUGACUUGUUAACGACUCUCUAUAAUUCAUACUAAAUAUGCAAAUCUUUCCCAUAAACACGAAGGCAGUAAUACAAUUGUUUACACAGCAGUGAUUAAAUGGUAGCUCCCACGAUAAUGAAAAAAUAUGACUGUGAAACAGUACAGGCUUUAACUAUUUUCCACCCCUCUCCUUUGCUGGUUAUCUUUUUGUUACUUCUCACCUGGUUACUUUGAUUGGAUGCUAGAGAACAAGUUUUCCAAGGUACAGGCAGAGGAGCUGAAAGUAUAGCUCCUCAUCAUGAGAGGUCUUGAAAAGCACAUUAGCCAAAUUUCCAUCAGAAAAGACUCUGAAAAAGCUGAUUCUCCUUUGGGGAGGGGGAUGGACCAGGUGACAAUGGGAGACACCUUCCAUCCCCUGCUUCCAACGACUUGCUGAGAAACGCUCACAGCAAUUGCACGACCACCUAACUCUCUGCCAUCACCUGAAUGCAAUGCUUUCAAACAGUGCUUGUAAUCAAAAUAAAAUUUACUGUAAAGUGGA